AUGGCCAAGAAAACUUUCUCUGAGUUUCAUCACCAGCCCAACUUGGCCUACCGCCAGUAUGCUCAGCUGCCUGAGACCCUCCACCUCAACUACCAGCCUCCUACUGCUGCCCCCGCUGCAACCGCCGCACGCCCCAGCACAACCCAAGAGACGAUUAAUCCUGAAGAUUAUUCGCAAGCAUACUGCGAUUUCAUGACCAACCACCCCACCAUUUUCCACGCUGUCGACGGCUUUUCUAAGCAACUCGAAAGCAAGGGCUACAAGUACCUAUCUGAGCGGGAAUUGUGGGCGCCGCAGCUCCAGCGCGGGGGGAAAUACUAUACUACUCGUAACGGAAGCUCGCUGAUUGCAUUCUCUGUCGGUUCGGAGUAUAAGAGUGGUAAUGGUAUUGCUAUCAUCGCGGGCCACAUUGAUGCCCUCACGGCGAAGCUCAAGCCCGUCUCCAAAUUACCCAACAAGGCUGGCUACGUUCAGUUGGGAGUUGCACCAUAUGCCGGUGGCUUGGGAAAGACAUGGUGGGAUCGCGAUUUAUCCAUCGGUGGAAAGGUUCUCGUUCGCAAUGUGAGCACUGGCAAGAUCGAGUCCAAGCUAGUCAAGCUGGACUGGCCAAUUGCACGCAUCCCGACGCUGGCCGAACACUUCGGUGCUCCCUCGCAGGGACCCUUCAAUAAGGAGACACAGAUGGUACCGAUAAUUGGGGUCGACAACUCUGACCUCUUCCAGUCUGCCGCACCAGCGGCAGACGAGGGUAUCGAACCGGGUACAUUCGCUGCCACACAGCCUCCGAAACUCGUCAAAGUCAUCUCCAAGGAGCUCGGCAUCACCAACUACAGCAGCAUUCUCAGCUGGGAACUCGAACUCUACGACAGCCAGCCCGCUCGCAUUGGCGGUAUUGACAAAGACUUCAUCUUCGCCGGUCGCAUCGACGACAAGCUCUGCUGCUACGCGGCCCAGGAAGCACUGAUGGCUACGUCAGAUCACACCUCUCCUGCGUCUAUUAAGAUGGUUGGCUACUUUGACGAUGAAGAGAUCGGCAGUCUGCUCCGCCAGGGCGCCCGCUCCAACUUUAUGUCCAGCGUGGUCGAGCGCAUUGCCCAAUCCUUCGCUACAACCUAUGGACCCGAUCUUCUCGCCCAAACUGUUGCAAACAGCUUCCUCAUCUCCUCAGACGUCAUCCACGCCGUGAACCCCAACUUCCUUAAUGUGUACCUCGAGAACCACGCGCCUCGUCUCAACGUCGGCGUCUCUGUCUCCGCAGACUCCAACGGACACAUGACUACCGAUAGCGUCAGCUACGGAUUCAUCAAGCGCGUUGCUGAGAAAUGCGACUCGCAGUUGCAAGUCUUCCAGAUUCGAAAUGACUCGAGGAGUGGUGGUACCAUUGGCCCCAUGACCAGCUCACGGAUUGGAAUGAGGGCUAUCGAUGUCGGUAUCCCGCAACUGAGUAUGCACAGUAUUCGCGCUACCACGGGAAGUCGUGAUCCUGGGUUGGGUGUUAAGUUGUUUAAAGGGUUCUUUGAUUACUUUGAGGAAGUUGAUAGUGAGUUUGCUGACUUUUAA